GUGGCGCACGGGUGGUGGGGGGAAGAGUUCGCGCGUGUUGUUUCAUCAUCAUCUUUUCAAGGAAACUUGCCUGGGUCAGGCUUGGGUUAAGGCUGAUGUAUGCUAUUGUUUACGGCAAUUGUAAAUCAGCGACACAUCGUCCGUAGUCCAUCGUAGAUUUGUCUACAAAAACGUGCAAGUUUUACACCAGGAAGCGAGAUCAGCAUUAAACCAUGUGUGGCAUUUGGGCUCUAUUCGGCUGCGACCAAGAUGUGUCCAAGCAGUGCAACAGCGCCCUCAAGAUCGCGCACCGUGGCCCGGACUCUUUCCGGAUCGAGAACAUCAACCAUUACAACAACUGCUGCCUGGCCUUCCACCGAUUGGUCAUCGUGGACGACAUCUAUGGAAUGCAGCCAAUGAGAAUCCGGAGCCAUCCUCACAUCUACGUCCUGUACAACGGGGAAAUCUACAACUACCGCACGGUGCAGAAGCAGUUCGGCUUCAAAUACCUGACGGAGUGCGAUGGAGAGGCCAUCAUUCAUCUGUAUGCCCAAGGAGGGGCCGAGUAUGCCGCAUCAAUGCUCGACGGAGUCUUUGCGUUCUGUAUACUCGACACAGCCGCAAAAAAGGUUUUUCUCGGGAGAGACACAUAUGGCGUCCGGCCGAUGUUCAGACUUCUCAAAGACGACGGACUCUUAGCUAUCUGCUCAGAGGCCAAAGGACUCCUUGGGUUAGCACACGGAGAUGAAGACCACGAAAUUGAAAUCAUUCCCUUUCCGCCGGGACACAUUGAGAGCUACGACCUUGCCCCCACUGGCAAAGUAACGCUGGCGGAGCGCAUUCAGUUCCACACCAUUGAGAAGAAGCCCAAGUGGUCCGACAUUUCAUUGGCCAUACAACCAACUUCUGAUGAAAUCCAUGAAAACAUUCGCAUUUUACUCACUGACGCUGUGCGGAAACGUUUGAUGACUCAUCGUCACAUCGGAUGCCUGCUGUCUGGCGGUCUCGACUCAAGUCUGAUUGCUUCUUUAGUGGUCAAGCUGGCCAAGGAGUCUGGUAUCCAGUAUCCCAUUCAGACCUACGCCAUUGGCAUGGAGGGAAGCCCUGAUGUCUUAGCCGCCAGAAAGGUGGCAGCACACAUCGGCAGCGAGCACCAUGAGGUGUCGUUCACUCCCGAAGAAGGAAUCGCUGCGUUAGAGGAUGUCAUUUAUUCGCUAGAAAGCUACGACAUCACAACGAUCCGAGCAUCAGUUGGUAUGUACUUAGUGGCGCGCUACAUCCGCAAAGAGACUGACAGGGUGGUGAUCUUUUCUGGAGAGGGUUCGGACGAGUUGGCUCAGGGUUACAUCUACUUCCACCAGCAACCCUCAGUAGAGGAGGGCGACGAGGAAAGCAGACGUCUUCUCAAGGACCUGUACCUCUACGACGUGCUGAGAGCAGACCGUACCACGGCAGCUCAUGGCCUUGAACUCCGCGUUCCACUCCUGGAUCACCACUUCACAUCCUAUUUUCUGUCGCUCCCGGCCGACAUGCGCUGCCCCCAGCAGGGCAUUGAGAAGUACCUCCUGCGUAAGGCCUUUGACGGCCUGGGCUUGCUGCCUGCGGAGAUCCUCUGGCGUCCCAAGGAGGCCUUCAGCGACGGCGUGUCGUCCGUCAAGAAGUCGUGGUUCGAGAGUCUGCAAGAGUUCAUCAGUCAAGAGGUGGACGACUCCAUGCUUGAGACCUCCCCUAAGCUGUUUCCCUUCAACCCGCCCAAGACCAAAGAGGCGUUCUUCUACCGCCAGAUCUUCGAGAAGCAUUUCCGGAGUCACUCCAAGUGGAUCCCGUACACCUGGAUGCCCAAGUGGUGCGGCUACACAGACGACCCCUCGGCACGCUCGCUCAAGCAUUACAAGGAGUCCGACGUGCAGAAACAGAAAGAGGCCAUCAAUGCCUGAACAAAGCGCCAACGACCCCAGGGCCAAUUUAGCAGAGCCGCUUACAAUUGUGUAGCUCUGCUAACCACAUCAUAUGUUCUGCGCGUACUAUCACCAUUCUGUGCUAACAGCGCUAGAAGACAAAUUCUGCACUUAUCCCGUUAGCACAGGAUCCAAAGUUACGGGGUGUAUGCGCAUAAGCCAAAAUUCUUGCAUACCUGUGAAACAUGCUUACCGUAAGCACAAAUUUUCUGCUACAGUAAGCAGGGUUUUUUGGCUUACGGUAAGCACAGCGUUGAAAUUGGGUCCUGCUUAGUGCAACAGAAUUUUUUCUUGCUUACGAAUAACCCAAGAAUUAAUGACCAACCAAAAUUAUCAUUACUAGUUUUAAGACGAUUCUUUUGCUAAGUCUAAGUGCUUACAAAUCCACUAAACAUUUUUUUCCACUUGCCAAAUCACAAAAUUGGACCCUCUUGUUGACCCGAUGAAGCCCCUCCCCACUGUCGUGGUAAUAAAGUAUGUAUAUGUUGCUGGGUUUAACAAGCAACGAGUACUUAUGCAGCGCAAAUUUGAACUUUCCACUUAAAAUAGUGUCGAGAUGAAAUCAGUAAUUUUUCUGAUAUUUCUUGGUUCUAAAAUACUGAUUUUCAUCCUCUUUUUUUAUUAAACCAAAAUUCACUUUAAUAUUUGGGACUUAACCAAGCAGUAAAGCAUUCCAAUUGGACAAUUGUUUUGUUCUAAAUUUCUGGUACAUUUUUUUUUUCUGGUUUUUCUUUUGUCUGUGGGAAUUCCAGUAACUCUUUUGUGAGCAUUUGACAAGUUGUUACAAGGUCACAUUUACAGACAGCAAAUGUACUGUUAAUUGAUUUUUGUUUCUGUUUUAACAUGUACAAUUUUAAUGUGAACUUGGACAAUAAGGUGAUACAAUUAUGGAUUUAUAAGUUUUGGACAGAAAAUUUGCAAAUUGAUGUUGAUCGAUCUACCGGUAGGCUAAUUAUUUUGGUUGAGGUUUAACUAUAUUUUUGCAUGAGGUAUUGGUGCUAGUUAAUACCACUUUUAGCAUAUAAGUUAGUUUAGUUUAUCCCAACAGUUUUUUCUUUUUCUUAUUAGUGUAGAAGGCUUGGCUAAUGGCUACUAAUGGGGUCGCUCUUAAAGUAUAUGCACGAAGGGGGGGGGAGGGGAGUUGUUAACAUUGCAUACAUCAUGCCGAGGGGGGGGGGGGGGGAGCUAAUGUAUACAUAUGCACAGCAACAAUUUGCUUUUAAUAAAUUGUCACGAAAUCAAUGCACUCUCUCAUAUACCUACCAGGACCAGCUUUUAUGAAUCACAAAUUGUUAGAACGCUGCACCCUUCACUCCCCUCCCCCCCCCCCCCCUAAAAAUGUUUACAUCUUCCCUGUGCCACCACUAGCUAAUGCUUGUAGAGGACAUUCAACUUCAGAGACUGCAACAUUACUAAAUGAAAAAGACUAGCUGCUUCAAUUAGCCGGCAAGUUUUGGGUAUUCGUACUGCUUUGUAAUAUGUAGGUAGUAGGUACAGUACACAUGUACAGGAAAUGUAGUGUACAUGUGUAUACAUGUGUAGGUAUCUUUCUUGUAUCAACUUCCUGGUAGCGUAUGUGUACAGUGAGGAUAGGGGGUCAGAAAUAGGUUACUGCUCAAAGACUUCACAUACAUGUGACCUUAUUGCUUUCACUGGUUCCAAUGAGCAAAAUGUGUUGCUUGCUUGGUCAUAAUGAUUUGUUAUUGGCUCGACUGUGCAUGGGUGAUGUUUUACCACUUGGUGGGCAGCAGAGCUGUAUACAUUGUAUGUAGUCAUCAGUCACUGGAUCAAAUUACGUGUAUUUUCGGAUCAUUUUUUACUGAAAGUUUUUAAAAACGUAAAAUGGAAGACAACUUCACUAGAAAAAUACAGCACUUGUUUUCUGUUUAACCAUCAGCAAUUUAUUAACGUGGUGCUUAAAAAGUUAGCACUGUUUAUAGUAGCAAAGUCGAGACAAAACGUACGGGUCCUGCGUGCUGUUGGUAGAUUUUUACGCAUUUCUUUUAUUUUCUGAAAUUUAAACUUUGUUUUUUUGAGAUGCCGUUCUCAUGCCAAGCGCUGCUGUCAUGGCUGUGAAACUGGCAUAGUUUUCUUCGGUGCCAAUUGUAUACAGAUUACUACUUUUCCAUCGUUUCCUAAGAUCACAAUUUAUCUCUAAAGAUACCUUUAGAAAAAAAAAAUACUUUCAAUAAAAUCUUCUGUGGACUCAUACUUCAGAAUUUA